GGUUAGAAGCCUGCGAGCCUGCGCAGUCUGUAGCUCCGCAGAAGCCGAUUCGGACGUAGUUGUGACGUCCAUUAGUUGCCCGGCAUCUAUCGGCAGAGCGGUUGUGAGUCAACAUGACAUCCAGUUCAGAAAGUCCUCUCCUUGGCCAUUAUGAAACAGAAGACAGCCAAGGCUCAAAACUGAUAAAAAAAUCUCGGGAGUCCCCAUUUGUUCCAGUCGGCAUUGCAGGAUUUGUAGCAGUGGUGGCCUAUGGGCUGUACAAACUGAAGCACAGAGGGGACACUAAAAUGUCCGUUCAUCUGAUUCAUAUGCGUGUGGCAGCACAGGGCUUCGUUGUGGGUGCCAUGACCUGCGGUGUCAUUUAUUCCAUGUAUCGAGAAUACUGGGCCAAGCCUAAGCCGUAGGAAACAGUCAAUUGAAACCUACGCGUGCUGGUGUUCUUAUGUACUUUAGUGGUAGACCUCACACGGAAAUGAUGCUGCAAUGAUAACAAACACAAGGGUGUGGCUCUGACUUUGUACGUCUCACGCAUGGUGUUAACCUCUAUGUUGCCAGUGCUACAUUAGGUUGUGUCAAAACCUGUUUUCUGUCUUUUGAGCUCAACUGUUUUACAGUGUACAACACUUUUCACUAUACAGUAGGGCCUCGCUUUACGGCGUUCCGCUUUAAGGCAUUCCGCUGAUGCGGUGGCUUUCAUUUUCCAUUUUAAAGGGUUUUUUCCCCUUUUGCACUGUUUUGCGCCGUUUUCGCAUCAUUUUCGCGCGACGUGGCCCAUUAAAGUCAAUGGGGUUCUGCUUUACGGUGUUUUCCGCUUUAUGGCGGGGGUCUGGAAUGAAACCUGCCGUAUAAUCAGGGCCCUACUGUACAUACCUGGCACUUAGGCACUCUGUGGGUUAGAGGUCCACAAUUUUCUCUUCAGAGGCUGUUCUUAGGAUGUGAAUAAGCAAGCAAGACAAUAAAGGAAGGAGAUGUGCCAGUGUUCAUGCCAUGCCUGUUCCAGAGAUACAAUAAGGUCAACCUCUCAGUAACUCUGAAUUCUUUAAACUUCCAUAGAACAAAUGUUGUGGAAGAUUAAAUCAAGAUACAAGCCUUAAAUAACAGAGUAUUUACAAUUUUUAUUUAUUGCAAAACAUUAAAUUGUGAAACAUUCACUACUUUUCACUGUGGCAUUGCAGCUUCUUAAAUUAUUAUUUUUUUGUAAUUGCACAUUUCUAUUUUGAGUGUAUAUCACAUUUAUUUUAAAAGGCCUUCUGUACAAUAUUGUUUGUGGGAGGCCCUCUUGGAAAACCCUUAGCAGUGAAAUAAUAGAUCCAAAACAAAUGACCAUGGUGAUUUGGGUCUCAAAAUUGUAUAAAAUACUUGGGAAUGCAGUACCAAAAUCAUACUGAACAGAGGGUUCAUCCAUUUUGUUGCCCUCUGCUAGCUAGCCAAAGUGUGCAAUUGCCACCAACACUUAUGAUUCCCCCCCCCCAAGCUAUGCAGUGCCUUGGACUGGCUCAGAUUUCUCACUGCUUUCAGGGCCUCUCUGUGGCUCAGUGUGUGGUUGGGAGAUUGGCUACCCUUCUUCAGGUGGGGCAUUUCUUUUAAAAAUGCAUUGUUAGGUCCUAGAUAUAUCCUCUUCCAUCCCAUAAGUCACUAACUGUUCUGCCAUUAUGCUGUUCACAAAUAACAGAUGGGACUUACAGCUGUAGCUGGAACAAAAUUACAAAUCUGAAAUUCUAUUCUUGUUAAGCUGCUUGCAUUCCUUGGUUUUAUCAUGGUGUCCUGAGUGAUACUAAUGCAGUGUAAAUUAAUCCAAUGACUGGUUUUAUUAAAUGUAUUUACAUAAGAACAGUUGUACUCUCGCAAACAAUAA